UAAUUUCGACUUUAAAUCGUGUUGUUGGAAAAAUAAAGGUAACGGUACAUCGUGGCAAAUUUAUCGUGGUAACGCUCGAAAUGAUGAAAAUAGAACUAUUUUGCGCUCACGACUUUAUGAAGAUGAAUUGAAUGCUUUCCUUCCCUUAUCAUUGAUGAAUGAAUUUAUUAUUCUCAGAAUAUAUCCUAGCAAACUUACGAUAGUCUACAAUGUUAAAUUUAUCUUAGAUAAAUAUUUCCUGGCAGCUUCAGUAACGUCAGAACAGACAUUUUCUUCUGACUGGACAUCUUGUGUGACAUGUUCCAAAACAGGCCGUUUCACCAUUCGCAUUAGAUCGUAUCAGACACCAGCAACAAAAUUAAAAUUGUGCUGGAAACCUGCUAAUGAUGAUGAUAGCAUUUAUCGACAUUGUACUUUUUUACGAACCUGGAGUUCAGCUGAAUUUGUCAACAAGCAUUUUACCGUUACUCCUAUGCGACCCAUUCAGUUUUAUAUCAAACUACAAAAUCACGGUCGACGUGCUGUUGCUACGGCUGUUAUUGAUAGCAUUCAUGUUAUUACCGAUGAAUAUUGUUUGCCUGUUGCACAAUCUAAACUAAGAUCAACUAAAUUACAUUUAGUUGAAGGAAGUAAUAAAAAACAAAGAAAUAUAUCACCAAUACAUCUUCCAGAUUCUGAAACUUUUAGUAUCGUCAAGUUAUCAACAAUCACAACCACUACAAUGCCACCUAAUUCAAAUUCUUCAUUUAUACUGAAUGAUAUUUUUGGUGAUGCUUUCGCGCAGUUUCUGGUGGAUGAUACAGAUGGUUUAAUUGAUGAAAGACAGAAUAUUGAAACAAACGAUGUCACUGAUGAUGGACAAGCUUACUUACUUAGACUGAUUCAUCGAACGUACAGUGGAAUUGAUGAUGACACACGCUUUGCAACAACUUUAACUCCAUUUCCAUUGCUUACUUUUAAUCUUUUCGCAUGUAAUGCUUCUGGAGGUUGUUUAUUUGACCACUCUAUGUGUUCUUAUCGCAGUUCACCAGUCUCACGCGGUUCAACUUUUCAACGAAUGAUACUUUCUGGCCAUAAUUUUAUGCAAGCAGUGACGAGACCAAAUACUUUGGCAGUGCUAGAAACCGACACAAUUUUUAAUGAAGAUCAUAAAAUUGUUUUUGAUGUGCUGGAAUUCACAGAAGGAGAACGAUUAUAUGGAUGCUGUUAUAAAGCCAAUAUAGAAACGUUAGAGUCAUUUAUUAGCAUAACUACAUUACUGAGUGGUAAUCCACCGUCCAAACUGUUUUGUCCCUUUGCAACAUCAAUAAAUGCCACACCAGUGAACUGGAGAACUGUGAGAUAUACUUGUCCUCGUGGGACCACAAAGAUCCUUUUUAUGUGUGAAAAUCAUGGAACAACAAAUGGGACAUGUGCACUGGACAAUAUUCGAAUUCAUAAAAUCUUUGAUAUUUUAGAAAUGGAACCAUGUCAGAAGAACAUCAUCACAUCUUCGUGA